UGGACACUGUGCUCUCUGUCUAUUUCCGGUUCCUGGCAACAUGGCGGACUUGCAGCAGAGGAAGCUCCAGGCGGAGCUCGAGAAAUACCAACAACUACAGAAAGAUCUCAGCAAAUGUCUCUCGGCGAGACAGAAGCUGGAAGCGCAGGUGACUGAAAAUACAAUAGUUAAAGAGGAGUUGAACCUGUUGGAGUCAUCGAACACCGUCUUCAAGCUGAUUGGCCCAGUCCUUGUCAAACAGGAUCUAGAAGAGGCGAAGUCCACCGUCACAAAGCGAUUGGAUUACAUCAACGGAGAGAUAAAGCGAUACGAGACCCAGAUGAAAGACCUAGAGAAGAAGUCCGAGCAACACAGAGAGACCCUCGCCAAACUACAGCAGGACUUCCAGAAAGUACAGAACAAGGCCCCCAUCAAAGCAUGAUGCCUCUCCAUCUCUCCUCUGUCUGUAGUCUCUCGUUCCAUUAAUAAAUCCCGAGAAGGAGGGAGGGAGAGUGGGCGGGGG